ACGGGCAGACAGAUCAAAUACUCAUUCUUACAUUCAUAUCAGCAACUAGGACAUUCCAACAACUAUGGCUCACACUGACUCUCUCCUCCUCUCCCUCUUCCUCUCCCUCCUCCUCAUCGCCACCGUUGUCGUAGCAUCGGCCCCGGCCGAACAACAAUGCGUCUACACAUUUAAAAUCAAAACCGGAACAAGAGAUAGCUCCGGCACCGAUUCGAUCAUAGGGGCUUCAAUCUCGGACAAAUCCGGACAGCACAUCGACAUUGGAGACCUAGAGAAAUGGGGUGGUGUAAUGGGACAAGGUCACAACUACUACGAGAACGGCAAUCUUGAUAUUUUCAGUGGGACAGCGCCGUGUCUUCCGAGCCCAGUAUGCUUUUUGAAUCUGAACUCUGACGGCUCCGGUAAUAAGCCCGGCUGGUAUGUUAAAUACGUGGAAGUAAAGACGACCAGACCUGGAGUUGAGACCAAGCGUCAGUACUUCGAUGUAGAGCAAUGGCUUGCCGUCGACGAGCCGCCGCAUGAGCUAUCUGUCGAACGGAACAACUGCCUGCAGACGGUGAGUACCAGUGUCGGUGUUGGGUGUGAGAACAGGAAGUGCAUCUCUUCAAUCAUAUGAAAUAAUGAAGGUGUCGAGGAAAGUAACACGGCAAUAUAUAAUGAACGUUCAUAUAUAAUGCAAAAUUGAAUAAAA